AUGGCUUCAGGGACAUUAGAUGCGGAUAAGAUAAACAAAGAGAAGAGUAAUUGGGUCGAGGGCAAUAAAGUCUAUACUAGAAGACCUAAAAAGGGUAAUAAAAACGCCGCCACCAUCGUCGCCGUCUCCACCGUUACAUCUACCACCGCCACUCCAUGUUCUCCGGUCACCACCGCGACCCCCGCUUCUCCAAUCGCCACCGCAAACAACGACCAAACCCUAGCCACCGAAGACGCGAAUUUUCAAAGGGAGCAAACGCUAAGACGGAUAUCGGAAACCUCAAAUGAUUCUUCCAGUCAAAAUCCACGGCAUGAAGAUGUUGCUAUGGAAACCGUUGUUCCUAACGGAAAUGGAAUUGCAAGAAGACCUAUUGUCACGCUGGUGGAUGAUCGGGUGAAGAUUUAUCUGGAAGCAUCAACGCCCAAAAAUGAAAUUAAGGAGGUUAGGGCGAAGUUCAAGGUAGAAUUGGAUCGAGUUAGAAGUUUAUUUCAAAAGCUUGAAGAUAAAGAAGCUGAAAUCACCGAUUAUUCAACCAAUCUUGCUACUUCCGGCAAUGAUGAAACCUACACUCAUUCACAGUAUCCAGGUAAUGUCCCAAUAGAUAGAAGAACACUUCUUAGAGUCAAUUCAGAAAUGGGUACAGAUUACAUGGACAGAAGAGCUUUAUCAAGGGUUCAUUCUGAAAUAGGUCCUGAUGUUAUAGACAGAAGAGCCUUAAUGAGAGUCAAUUCUGAAAUUGGUCCUUUAUCAAAUCAAGAAACAACACAACCAACACGAUUCAGACCACCUCUAAACGUAUCAAUUCUUGAUAACAGCCUUGGAACUGGUGAAUUUGUUGAAAAAGAGAAAAGAACACCAAAGGCUAAUCAAUAUUACAGGAAUUCAGAAUUCCUUCUUGGAAAAGAUAGAUUACCUCCUGAAACCAACAAGAGAUCGAAAUCAAACAAUGGAAGAAAAUACAACAGGGAAUCGGAUUACACCAUUGGUUUAGAAAGACACAAGAAUCAAGUGUUUAGGAAUUGUAGCAAUUUGCUUCAGAGGUUAAUGAAGCAUAAACAUGGUUGGGUGUUUAAUGAGCCUGUUAACGCGAAGCUUCUUGGACUCCAUGAUUACCAUGACAUCAUCAAACACCCCAUGGAUUUUGGCACAAUUAAGAGCCGAUUAGCUCAAAACUUCUACAAAACUCCUGGUGAAUUUGCAGAAGAUGUCAGACUCACAUUUCAUAAUGCCAUGACUUAUAAUCCUCAAGGGCAAGAUGUCCAUGUUAUGGCUGAACAGUUAUCAAAUAUCUUUGAAGAAAGAUGGGAAGUGAUUGAAUCAGAUUGGAGAAAUGGAACAAGUUAUGAUACAAAUUCAAGAAAGUCUCAGGUGAAUAAUUUUCCACAUGCCCCUAUGAGUCUACCUUUCUUGAAUAGACAAAAACCUUCCAAUCUUGCCCCUGUGAGUAGGACACCAGUACCCAAGAAACCUAAAGCCAAGGAUUUAAACAAGAGGAACAUGACAUAUGAAGAGAAGCAAAAGCUGAGUGCAAAUCUUCAGAAUUUACCUUCUGAAAAGCUUGACAAUAUUGUUCAGAUUAUCAAGAAGAGUAAUACUUCACUUUCACAACAUGAUGAUGAGAUUGAAGUUGAUAUCGAUAGUGUUGAUAUUGAAACUUUAUGGGAGCUUGAUAGAUUUGUUACAAAUUAUAAGAAGAGUUUGAGUAAACACAGAAGAAAAGCUGAACUUGCUCAACAGGCAAGAUCUUUAGGUGGAAAUGUUAAUCCGACCAUGGUACAAAAUCCAACAAAAUCUAUCCCAGAAGGACUAAAGGAUAAGAAAGCAGAUGAGAAAAAUGUUGUGAUUCUGGAUCAUCUUCAAGUGAUUCAGACAGUGACAGCUCAUCUGCAGAUGGAUCGGAUGCAGGGCGUUGACCUAGGAGUUGACUGGAGCAGAUCAAGAUAAUCCUUCAACUUUGUGAAAUUUGGAAAAAUGCUUUUCAUAUGCAUGAUAUGAAAGGUGUGUUAGAAAAGAAAAAAUUAGGAUUUGUAUGAAUUAGAUUUUUGUUAGGAGUAUGGUGUAGCAAAAGUAGGUUGCUAAAAAUUGCUACCGGUGCUAGUUUAGGUUUUUGAUAUUAUUGACCAAAUCCAAAUCCGCUGGAUUGUUUGCAUCAUAAGUUGUGGGUGAGUGGUGUUUGAUUCUUUGUAAUAAUAAUAGUUAUGCGACAUCUGCC